AUGACGAAGGUAGCAGAUAAUUUGUGUCAACUUCCUUGGGAUGUGCUUGAUAUCAUUUCUAGAAAAUUAGAUUUCGACGACCUCUUUCAAUUUAGUGGUGUGUGCAAGAAUUGGUGGGAGUUUCAUAAAACUUAUUGGAGAGAUUUCUUAGUAUCCCAAGAACCAUUAAUUGUUAGAAACUCUUACUAUAUUAGGAAAUGUUAUACCUUCAUCAGCAUACCUCACCAAAAAGUUUAUCACUCAAAGAAGAUGAAUGACUUAAAAAACUUUCUCUAUUUUGGAUCUUCUAGCGGAUAUUUGAUUAUGACAGAGAACAAUCAUUCAUUUGUGCUCAUGAAUCCAUUUAUAAGAAAAGUGAUUCUAAUCGAUACCUCCUCAACCUUUAAAGUUGAACUUUCUGAUUUUGCUUACUAUGUCUUACUUGCUUUUGGAAAAGGCUCAGAUGAAUUUGUCUUUGUGGCUUUAUGUAAAAGUUCUCAUAGUUUGCAUAUCUAUCAAUCUCAAAAUUUUGGUUGGGUUACUUAUUCGCCAAAAAGAAAUUCAUGGAAAGGUGUUGACUUUACAAUUUUGCAUAAUGCCAUAUAUGUGGUCACUGACCAGGCCAAAAUAGGGGUAUUCAGCUUGAAUUCUGAAUAUAUAGAGUUUUUAAAAUUGAAGAGUACUCUCAAAGUAACAUCUUCCUCAUAUGUAAGGCUGAUUGAUUGUGUUGGACAACUUUUAGUGCUUAAUAUUAUUUCCAAUGAAAUACUAAAUGUGUACAAGAUAGACUUCUCAACCAUGAAUUGUGUCAAAUUAGAAACUUUGGGUGACAUCGCAUUAUUUUAUGCUCCCAAGGAAAAGUAUUAUGCAUUGAGUAGCUCAGAAAAGUGGGGUUAUCGAAGGAAUUCUGUUUAUGUCAUCGAUCUUCCAUCUAAAAAAUGCAAAGUGUAUAUAGGGGAUGACAAUGAAUUGCCAAAGUUCAUUAUUAGACCUAUAUAUAAUAAUACUCAAACUUAUUAUCCACCCUACUUGUUGGAUUGGUGUUUUAGACAUCAACUUGAGGUAGAUUUAAGGAACACAAUGAGUGGUGAAAGCCCACAAAUGGUGAGAGCUUCUAGUAAGACCAAGGCCCAAGAAGAGGGUAUCAAUUCAGUUGAACAUAAUUUUGAAAUCAAGGAAGGAAAGGGACAAAGGAAUAAAAGAAUCAACACAAAAUUGAAUGGCUAUAUAAUUAACUAA